AUGAAGAUUUUGCUAGCAGUUUUAGUGCCGUACUCGCAAGUAGAGGCUCAAGUAAAAUUUCCUACGCAAUUUUUUGUCUCCAGUCGCGACAAUAAUUCCGAAGCUUUGUGGAAUGGCGUAUGCAAUGCCUCGACUGAGUUUUACGAUCAAUCAGCGCUCAAGUGCAGUCGGUGUGUCAUUGCAAACGGAGCAUUGCCAAUUUCUAAUGCUUGGCUGAUUCCGGAUUACAAAAAUGCACAAAUCUGCACUUGCAAUCAGGACGCAAUUCAAACAAAUCGCAAGGAUUCCACGUGUGAAAUAAUCUGGCCUAUGCCAUGCAGCCUAGAAGUGUGUACUUCAUGUCCUACUGACCAAGUCCCGUCGCGGGAUUCCUCCCGAUGUAUGGCAUGCGGUGAUUCGACACUUGGUCAACAAAAAUUGACUCGUGAGUGUAAAUGUGCUGCUAAUUCUAUUGUGCGAGAGAAAAAUGAGAGUGGCAGCUUUCUCGGCGUUAAAGAGUGUGUUGCUUGCACGGGCAAUACAGUCGCUGAUAAAUUAACUAACACCUGCAUAGCAUGCCCUGAUCCAUUGAUGGUUGUGGGUGGUGAUGACCACGUUUGUGCAUGUCCAGACAACUAUCAACUCGUUACGAGUAGCUUCAUGAAUGUCAAAAAAUGCGUUGGCAAUUCGCACAUCAGCUUGCUGAGCUCUAAGGUCGCCAUGACAAACGCCAAUAAGAUGAUCUACUCUUCCUUUAUAGAAGAGGAAGCUGGAAACUCAGUUUCCGUCGCAAGCGCUUUUCUUGAAGAUAUGUUUUUAUGUGCCACCACUGGAUGUUACUAUUAUCAAAGCGAGAAGGACAUUAUUUCGUGCCAAGCUUUGGGAAAUCUCUGUGUUCUACAGCAUUUUGACCCGAAUGCACCGUCUUGUUCGGCAUUUGACCUAAUUCGGCUAAGUGGCCGAUCGCCUUCAGACAACAACAUCAAAGGGUGGUAUGCAACAUUGCCAUUUCUACAUUUCUCGUCAGAAGCAUUCAGCGCGAUUCAGAGUUCUGUUGCGAUGAAGAUGACCUUUGAUGCAGAAUCGAACAAAGGCAGCUUUGAACACCUUGACUUUAUUUUGGCCAGCUACAAUCAUAGCGGUACACUGAUUGGCUUCAAGGCGCUCGUAAAUGAGCUUACGUAUUGUCAAGUGGACAGCAGCACAAAUGUGGCUAUCUCACCUUCGUGGAUGCGAUUCGGUGUGAGUGCUCAGUUCGAAUAUUCGUGUAACCUUAAGUCUUUACAGACCGCAUCAGUCACCUUUUAUGAGCUUUUCUUAGUCGAUUUAACAAAAGGUCAUCUCGAAAACGGCAGAUACAUCCCGAUUCCCGUUAAAAAUUUGAACUAUCGAGACGCAAGUGGAAUGCUUGUCAAUCAGGAUAGCGACGCCGCAAAUGAUUUUCUAAGUCACCGCUUCUUUCUGUUUGACUUGGUAUCUGGAAUUGCUUUAAAUGAAGAUUCCCCUGACGUGAUUCGAUACGUCAAAGACAUAACGUUAACUAUUAGAUCAGCGUCUGAUCCUCACUUUAUAGAGGUUCCACAACUUUCGAUUGCAUAUGUCGACACUGUUAGCCUCGAAACUGUUCCUGUCUCUUUUCGCGUCGUCUACACUUCGAGCACAGAUGAGCUGUGGGCUUUUGCAAAAGUAAUUUUUACUGUUGGGUGCGUUUUUGCAGGACUCCGAAUGAUUGUUCAGACAUUUAAGUGGUACCGCCGUAGCAUUGGUAACGAAGUCGUGGAGAAUGCAAUGUAUCAGAUUCUAUUAGGUGUGCUCAACUAUGCUAUAGCCAAUGUUGCCCCAGUGUCAUUCGCAAUCAUGAUUGUGCUUUGCGGCUAUAUCUUCACAGUUUUUAGACUCCAGUCCAGCACUAUUCUCAUGCUUCCAAACAAUGAUUUUACGUUUGGUAAGGGAAUUGAUGAGUACUACUCAUUUCGAAUCCUACUUCUGCUUGCUUUCUUCUGUCAACUAGUUUCUGUGUUUCGUUAUGUAUAUCGUCAAGCUCAGGUCCGACUUUUUUUUAUUGAUUGGGAGAAACCUCGCACUUCCGUCAUGGAUAUUGAUACCGCGAAACCAAUUUAUGCACCAAUUAGCGUAUGGCGCAUGAUUUUGGUCGCUAAUGAGUGGAACAAGAUGCAGACUAUUCGGAAAACGUCAUUGCGCUUCACGCUUUUGUGUAUACUUUUUCUACUUUAUGGAUGCAAUUUAAAAAUUCUUGCACUCCCAAUCCCAAAACGACAUAUGCAACAUGCUGCCUUUGUAGAUGCAGCCGAGGAACACUUGAAUCCAUACUUGCGAUUCGCAAAUGUCACAAUUUGGUGGCUGCUUAUCUCCAUGUGCCAACGAUUGUGGAAAUGGAUGAUAUUUGAGCGAUAUAUCGAAGAACCACGAGAGCAGCUCUUCAUCGACCUGUGCACGAUCUCAAAAAUAAGUCUUAUAUUUCUUGACGAAACGUACCAUGGCUUUUACCUCCAUUGUCGGUCACCACAUGCAUUCGCUGAUGGAAGCAUGGGGGAGCUCGUGGAUCAACUCAAACAGGAAGAAGCUGGACUUACAGCUGGUCGGUAUCUCGAUUCAGCAUUUCCCGAGUGCCAAGCUUUUGAAAUGUUUGUCACGCGAAAAUGGACACGCAAGUUUCAUACUUUGAUCUCGUUAGUGCGUGGCGAUAAUUUCUUAGCUGGACAUGGUGGUAGCGGCGAACGGUUAAUUCAGAGGUCUUUUUCUCCAAAAAGACCCGACUCUCGAAGUACAGCUUUGGGGCGCAAAAUUGAUACGGUGACAACAGACAUGGUGCGAAAUGUAGAGCAGCUUCGAAAUUUUCUACAAUCUUUUGUUGAAAACCAGAAUGAUCGGUUUCGCUGGAGAAUUUACCGUGCUCACACAUGCCUCACACGAUUUCUUGACAUCCCACCUGAUAUGUCGUUUUCUAAACAGUCUUUUUUCUUGCCAGACAUGGAUUCUAAAUUCGCUACAGCUUCGCUCCUUUUGGGAAUUGAAAAUGAUCUCAUGCUGAUGGAUCUGCUGUGCUUCUGCCAAUGUGAUUUAUGGUUCGAUAACCACGCGAUCUCUGCGUUAGUGACCUAUGCACUUCAACAUAUUCUGCUUUUCAUGCGGGCGCAUUUUAGCAGGCGCAACAUCGCAAAGAGCUCACUAGUAGACUCACGCUUUUUAAUAUAG